CAUUAUACCCUCCCCCACCACCACCACCACUAUAUAUAUAUAUAUAUAUAUAUAUAUAUAUAUAUGAAUCCUUGUAUUUGACCACUAACUCAUUGUUUCUGAAAAUUCUUCAACAUGCAGUACCAGUACCAGCAGGUUGCAGAGUCAUCAUCUUCAUGGGGUUACUAUGUGCCGCCGUCGGAGGUGAGAGGGAUGAUUAUGGAUGGUUCAGACCCAUUGGAGUGGGUGGCGAGGUUGGCGUUUGAAAGUGCGGUGGUUAUAUUUAGUAUGAGUAGCUGCUGCAUGUGCCAUGCGGUGAAGAGAUUGUUCUGUGGGAUGGGUGUGAACCCUACCGUGUAUGAGCUUGACCAGGACCCAAGAGGGAAGGAGAUUGAGGGAGCAUUAAUGACGCUUGUUGGGAAUUAUUCAAGUGUAGUUCCUGUGGUUUUCGUUGGUGGGAAACUUGUCGGUGCUAUGGAUAGAGUCAUGGCUUCUCAUAUCAAUGGAACCCUCGUCCCUCUUCUCAAGGAAGCCGGAGCUCUCUGGCUCUAAUUUGUUUUAAUUAUGAUAUAUCUAUUUAUUUGUUUUAAUUUGUUUCCUAAUUUCUAUAAUGGAUGUUUCAUCAAGUAA